AAGCAAAAAAAUAUAUAUUCGAAAUAUGUCUCGCACAAUUCUACUGAUCCAACUCGAUACGCGGGAGAAGAGUCGCUCCUACGCCUACUUCCAGAGCGUCGACGAGUGCUUGGAGCGUGUGUGCAAGAUCUACGAGGAGCACCUGAAACGCUGCACUCCUAGUGCCCAUGUCAUCACCUACGACAUUCUGCAAUUGUUUGACUUCAUCGACAUGCUGAAGGACCUCACGUGCUUGGUGCACCAAGUGGAUGCCAAGACCUAUGCGCCACGCAACAAACACUGGAUCAAGCAUCAAAUAAGAGAGAAGCUGCGAAAGGAGGCGAACAAAAGCGCUGAAGAGAAACGUCAGCAGGGAAUACCGAAGGAGGAAAAAGGGAGCGCUAAGUUUCUUUAGACUUUCAAUUUGAAAUAUAUGGAAUAUCCUGACAGAGGGUAUUCCGCCAGCUGUU